AUGUUAUUAGGGCGACUAACGAGACUUUCAUUGCCGUUUUUAAAGCGCUCUUUCCACGUAUCACCAAAAUUAAAUCAAGCAAUGGGGAUCGACGGGAAUAAUAUUCUCGCAGAAAGCUUGAAGAGACAGGGUAUUGAGUAUGUUUUUGGAAUUGUUGGUAUUCCUGUAAUAGAGACCUCAUUAGCUUUUCAAGCUGCAGGUCUCAAGUACAUUGGGAUGCGAAAUGAACAAGCAGCCUGUUAUGCUGCUCAAGCUAUUGGCUAUUUAACAGGUAAACCAGGAGUAUGUUUAGUGGUAUCCGGCCCUGGUCUCUUACAUUGUAUUGGAGGUAUGGCCAAUGCUCAAGUCAACUGUUGGCCACUUUUAGUAAUUGCCGGAUCUUGCCCAGAAGACCACGAAGGCAUUGGCGGCUUCCAGGAAUGGCUGCAGGUGGAGUCAUCUCGUCAAUAUAGUAAAUAUGCAGCUCGACCUCCUUCCCCACGACUUAUUCCACUACAUGUGGAAAAAGCCAUCAGAUAUGCAAGCUCUGGACGUCCUGGUGUCGCUUAUCUUGAUAUGCCUGCUACCUUACUGACGGGUGAGGCUGAUGAAGACAAGGUUCCUUUGGACUACUACUCAGCGGAUCCAGUUAGUUUGGCUCACCCAAACCCAAUACUGGUAAAUGAAGCAGCUGAAUUAUUGGCCAAGGCAGAAAGACCCCUUAUAAUAGUUGGUAAAGGAGCUGCUUAUGGAAAAGCAGAAGAGGCUAUUACCAAACUGGUGGAAAAUAUUAAAGUACCGUUCCUACCAACUCCUAUGGGUAAAGGAGUAGUCCCGGAUGAGUCUCAAUACUGUGUAUCAACCGCUCGUACACAGGCGUUACUUGGCGCUGACGUCAUACUACUGUUGGGAGCCAGAAUGAAUUGGAUGAUGCAUUUCGGGCAGGUCCCGAGAUAUGCAGCCAAUGUUAAAAUAAUUCAAGUGGAUAUAGCUCCUGAAGAAUUCCACAACAGUGUUAAAUCAGAAGUGGCCGUGCAUUCCGAUAUCAAACCGUUUGUAGAAGCACUUACAAAUAAACUGGCAGAGAAAAAGUUUUCAUUACAAAAUAAUAGUUCCUGGUGGCAGGCAUUGAAGGAAAAACAAAAGAAAAACACAGAAUUUGUUAAGGCACAAGCAAACGACAAAUCUCUGCCAUUGAAUUACUAUGCAGUUUUUAAAACAGUUCAAGAAAAUAUACCAAAGGAUUCCAUAAUAGUGAGUGAAGGCGCUAACACUAUGGAUAUUGGUCGUGGGAUAUUACUCAAUAAUAAACCGAGACAUCGCUUGGAUGCUGGAACAUUCGGCACUAUGGGGGUUGGUCCUGGGUUCGCGGUAGCUGCGGCUCAGUGGUGUCGCGACCACGCUCCCGAAAAACGAGUAAUUUGUGUGGAAGGAGAUUCUGCGUUUGGUUUUUCAGGUAUGGAAAUUGAAACAAUGUUCCGCUACAAGUUGCCAGUGAUUAUUGUGAUUGUAAACAACAAUGGCAUUUACAGCGGCUUCGACAAAGAAAUGAUGACGGAGAUACAAAACUCUGGUCAUCUUGCCCAGUGUACUCCACCCACGGCACUAUCAACAGAAGUGAGGUAUGAAAAAAUGAUGGAAAUGUUUGGAUCAAGCGGCCAUUUCUGUCGUACAGUUGAAGAAAUUGAGAAAGCUUUGAAAUCAGCAAUUCAAGUAACGGACAGACCAAGUAUUAUAAAUAUUGCCAUUAACCCACAAUCGAACAGAAAACCUCAAGCAUUCAACUGGCUGACUGAAUCAAAACUAUAA